AAAAGCUGUUUCCUUAAAGCAGUGAGCAGGCUCAGAAGCAGAAAAGAAGUUGCUGAGAAAGGGAAGGAGUAAAAGCCACUGGACCUUGUGAGGGAGCAAGUGUGGUUGGCUAGAGACGCUCAGGCCAAGAGGCAGGAGCAGGACUGCAGAGUCUUCAGGAAAGAUGGGAGAAGAUUCUGGGACUUCUUAGCCACUCUAUGUCCCCAGACUGGGGUGGCUGAGUGUGCUGGCUGCUCCUCCCUGCUUUGAGGGUGACUAAGGACCAGCCUGGAGGCCUGCAAGAUGGAGGGGGCCGACGAGAAGAAGCUGGCAUCUGUGUCCAACCUAGUGACUGUGUUUGAGAACAGCAGGAACCCAGGAGCAGCACCCAGAGCUCACAUGCUAGAGGAAGACGAGUGCUACCACUCUGGGUGCAGACCUCCCCAGCCCCCAGAGCCAUGGGAAAAGCCUAGCCUGGGGGAAUCCCUGGAGUCCAGGCCCAGGACGGUCAGCAGGAGGUACCUGAGCUCCCUGAAGAACAAGCUGUCCAGCGGGACCUGGAGGAAGUCCUACCAGCCCGGGACUGGCCCUGGGUCAGGGACGCAGGAGCCUGAGGAGAAGAGGAUUGUCCAGGAGUUGCUGGAGACGGAGCAGGCCUAUGUAGCGCGCCUCUACCUGCUGGACCAGGUGUUCUUCCAGGAGCUGCUGAAGGAGGCCCGCAGCAGCAAGGCCUUCUCUGAGGAUGUGGUCAAGCUCAUCUUCUCCAACAUCUCUUCCAUCUACCAGUUCCAUUCGCAGUUCUUCCUCCCUGAGCUGCAGCGGCGGCUGGACGACUGGACAGCCACCCCCCGCAUUGGGGACGUGAUCCAGAAGCUGGCCCCCUUCCUGAAGAUGUACAGUGAGUAUGUCAAGAACUUUGAGCGAGCCGCUGAUCUGCUGGCCACCUGGACCGACAAGUCCCCACCAUUCCAGGAGGUUAUCACACGCAUCCAGAGCAGCGAGGCCUCGAGCAGUCUGACGCUGCAGCACCACAUGCUGGAGCCUGUGCAGAGAAUUCCACGCUACGAGCUGCUGCUCAAGGAAUAUGUCCAGAAGCUGCCUGCCCAGGCCCCAGACCGGGACGACGCCCAGAAAGCCCUCGAUAUGAUCUUCUCAGCCGCUCAGCACUCCAAUGCAGCCAUCACAGAGAUGGAGCGGCUGCAGGAUCUGUGGGAGGUGUACCAGCGUCUGGGCCUCGAGGACGACAUAGUAGACCCCUCCAAUACCCUGCUCCGCGAGGGCCCUGUCCUCAAGAUCUCCUUCCGUCGCAAUGACCCCAUGGAACGCUACCUGUUCUUGUUCAACAACAUGUUGCUGUACUGUGUGCCCAGGGUCAUCCAGGUGGGUGCCCACUUCCACGUAAGGACCCGUAUCGACGUGGCUGGGAUGAAGGUGCGGGAGCUGAGUGAUGUGGAGUUCCCUCAUGCCUUCCUGGUGUCUGGGAAGCAGCGCACUCUGGAGCUGCAAGCCCGGUCCCAGGAGGAAAUGAUUUCCUGGUUACAGGCCUGCCAAGCAGCCAUUGACCAAAUCGAGAAGCGGAAUGAAACCUUUAAGGCUGCAAUCCAGGGGCCUGAGGGAGAUACUCAGGAGCAAGAGCUGCAGUCAGAGGAGCUGGGCCUCCGGGCACCACAGUGGGUCCGGGACAAGAUGGUGACCAUGUGCAUGCGCUGCCAGGAGCCCUUCAACGCCCUGACGCGCCGUCGCCACCACUGCCGGGCCUGCGGCUACGUGGUGUGUGCCAAGUGCUCUGACUACCGGGCCAAGCUGAAGUAUGACGACAACAGGCCCAACCGCGUCUGCUGCAACUGCUACACGUUCCUCACAGGAAACCUGCUCCCUGACGACAAGGAGGACAAGAGGCGGGGCAUCUUGGAGAAAGGGUCUGCAGCAGGGUAUGAGCAGAACUUGAUGUGCAGCUUCCUGCAGCUCCUCGGGGACAGGUGGGGCAGGAACGGCCCCCGGGGCUGGUGUGUCAUCCCCUGGGAUGACCCCUUUGUUCUCUACAUCUACGCUGCCCCUCAGGACAUGCGGGCUCAUACUUCCAUCCCCCUGCUGGGCUACCAGGUCACUGCCGGGUCCCAGGCGGACCCCCGGGUCUUCCAGCUGCAGCAGUCAGGUCAGCUGUACACGUUCAAGGCCGAGACCAAGGAGCUGAGGGGUCGCUGGGUGAAGGCUGUGGAGAGGGCUGCCAGUGGCCAGAGCCCCGGGGAGCCUGACGGCGACUUGUCUGACUGAGCCACAGCCAACCCCACCCCUGCCCACCUCUCCGUAUGUGUCCCCCACUCCAAGCCCAGCUCCUAACACAGCUGUCCCUGUAGCCUCCGCAACCCACCACCCCAACCUUGUGCUCAGACUACGUGCUCUGAUUUGGGAUUCAGAAGACAGGGACCUGUUCUCUGUGGGGAGGGGGCUGAACAAAUGUCCUGGCUUGCCUGGGGCUGAGGGUGUUGCUGGGACUUGAGGCUUUCAGCAAUAAAACUGGGAAAGUCCAAGGUAACCCAGGACGGUUGGUCACCCAAUGCGGUCUCAACCUGGGUUGCCUAUUAGAAUCACCUUGGGAUGCCUGUACCCCACUGAAGAUUUCUGAUUUAAUUGGUUGAUAAUCUGGUAUGGGAAGGGGGCUUGGGUAUUUUUAGGAGUCCCCAUGUGAGUCUAAUGUGCAGGCUGGGUUACCUGGGAUGAAGAAGGAAGAGAGUAAACUAACAAUGGCUGAGCACCCGUCGAGUGCCAGGCAUGAGAGUACUAAUAAUAAUUAAUAAAAAAUUAAUAAACAUCUAUCGGGCCAGGCACUGUGCUGGGUGUUCUACGUGGAUUAUCUCAUUUCACCCUCAGGAGUCACAAUCCUUAUUUUCCAGAUAAGGAAACCUAGGCUCAGAGAGGUUUAGUAGUUGGCUCAAGGUCACACAGCUAGUAGGUACCAGAGCUAGGUUUUAACUCAGUGGACUAAGGUCAAAGCUCUUGCCUUUAGGUAGCAGUGUAAUAGGGCAAGCAGAGAGGAGAGGCGUGGGAGAGGAGUGGGUGGAAGAAAGAGUGAAGGGGAGAGAAGUGGAGUCAGGACCAAAAAGAUGAGAGGAACAGGAGGGGAGGAGCACGCUUGUUUGGCCCUGUGGCUGGUGAGUGAGGCUGCUUUUUCAUGAGGGACCGCCAGGGGGUGGCAGUGGGCAACAGAUCACAUACAGUGGCCCCAGCCAGGGCCCCAAUACCCUCGGUCAUUCCCAGCAGGCCGGCACACUGCCGGGCUUGGCCCUUGAAGAGGGAAAAAUUAGGCAAGUCAAGUGUUUGCGUCAUUCCAGGCCCAGCAGUUUGCCUGCCCCCACCUGAGGCCACCUCCUUACAGUAUCUUAAAAUACUUCUUAAAAAGCCCAAAGAAACCUCAUUGGCACAAUCCCUCUGGUGAAUAGGCUGGCCAUGAGUUCAUUCUUUCAUUCAAUAAAUAUUUAUUGAGCACCUACUAUGAGCCAAAAAAUACUUCCCGUACCUGGGAUAUUGCAGUGAAUAAGACAGACCAAAACUUCUACCCUUGUGAAGCUUACAUUCUAGUGGGGGAGAUGAUUAACAAAAUAAAUGAAUAAAAUAUCUAGCAUUUGGAUAUAAGUGCUUAAAUAGGUGACCAACAUCCCAAACUUGCUAGUUUUAAAACUGAGACUCUGGUGUCCCAGAAAAUCUCUCAGUUCCAAGUGAAUGGGGAUAGUUGAUCACUCUACCAGAAGGAAAAAACCAAGAAAGAAAGUAAAGGAAGAGUGGCGGUGGGCGGGGGCAAGGUAGGUUUUAAAGGGAAAAUCAAGGAAGGCCUCACGGAGAAGUCAAUGUUUGAAACAACAACCUCAAAGAAGUAAGGGAGGCUCUAAAUCAUAGAUGAGAAGUUUGGGGUGGUGGGGGGCAGAGAGGCUAAACCAACAGGAAUGGAAUGACUAGAAUGGAAAUGAGAAUGCUGCCACAAACUAAAAAAUGUUACCAAUGUCACUGAACACUGUGUGUAGGAAUUGUUGAAUGGGAACCUGUUAUGCCGGGUAUACUUUCAUCAGAUAUAUAAGCGCCCGGCUUCUAAUCAAAAGAUUGGCGGUUUGAGUCUACUCAGAGGUGCUUUGGAAGAAAGGCCUGGCAAUUUGCUCCCCAAAAAAUCAGCCCUUGAAAAUCCCAUGAAGCGCAGUUCCACUCUGACACCCAUGGGGUUACCACAAGUCGAAAUCAACUUGAAGGUAACUGAUUUCCUCCUGUAGAUGGAUUUGUAGCCCUGGGCAGGACGAGAUUCCUGAGGGCAUGAAUGACACAGGAGAAGAAAGAGGUCCAAGGACUGAACCCGGCACACCCGUUGACCUGCAGUUACAAGUCUGAGAAUUUACCCCAAGGAGAUAGCCAGGCCAGUAAGACAGGUUGUUCACCACACUUCGUUUCAAAACCAAACCAAACCCAGUGCCGUCGAGUCGAUUCCGACUCAGAGAGAGUAGAGUAGAACUGAGUACUGAGUAGAGUACACAGAGUAGAAGUGCCCCAUAGAGUUUCCAAGGAGCACCUGGCAAAUUGGAACUUGGUGAGCAGCCGUAGUAGCACUUAACCACUACGGCACCAGGGAUUCCGUACUUUGUUUACAACACCCAAAUUAAAAACUCCAUAAAUAUCCAGCAAAAGAAACCCGAAACAAACCCAUUGCCGUUGAAUCCAUUCCGACUCAUAGAGAGCCUACAGGAGAGAGUAGAGCUGCCCCAUAGUGUUUCCAAGGAGCAGCUGGUAGAUUCGAACUGCCAACCUUUUUGGUUAGCAGCCAAGCUCUUAACCAAGAAGACUCGUUAAAUAAACGUAACCCAUCAAGAGGGAGGUUUUUAGAUAAACUCUGAUGCCUCUGUGCGGUGGAAAACUAUGCACUUUUCCACGGGAAGACUUAUCAAACCACCACCCCCCCCCAAAAAAUCAAACCAAACUCAUUGCCGUCCAGUCGAUUCCGACUCACAGCGACCCUAUAGGAUGGAGUAGAACUGCCCCAUAGGGUUUCCAAGGCUGCAGUCUUCACGGAAGUAACUGCCACAUCUUUCUCCACAGAGUGGCUGGUGGAUUCGAACCACCGACCUCUCAGUUAGCAGCUGAGCACUUCACCCCUGCUCCACCAGGGCUCCUCGAGAAGGCUUAGAUGAUAAUAUAUGGACACUGACAGAUGUCAAUUAAAUAAAUAGGUAUCGAGUGAAUAAUAACUACAGAAGGAGCUGAUAUUUUUUAAUCACUCACUGUCAAAACAAAACCAAACCAGUUGCUACAGAGUCGGCUCCAACUCAUGGCGACCCCAUGUGUGUCCCACUAGAACUGUGCUCCACACGGUUUUCAGGGGCUGAUUUUGGGGAAGCAGAUUGCCAGGCCUUUCUGCUGAGGUGCCUCUGAGUGGGCUCAAACCACCACCCUUUAAGUCAGCAACUGAAAGCAUUCUGUUUGCACCACCUAGGUCUUCUUUAUAAAGAUUAUUUCAUUUCAUCUUUAAUAGUGUUAGAAAUAGAUACUACGUUAUGAUCCUCAUUUUAUGGAUAAAGAAACACACACGAAAGUUGAGUAACUUGCUUGUGGUCACAUAACUUGGGGCAGAAGAGACAGCAUUCCUAACCACUGUGCUGUGGAAGGGUCCAGUCCUGCUUGUAUAAAAAAUUUUUAUACAAGAUACACAACAAACUUUAGGAGUAGUUGUUUUACUUCUUUAGAUGCUUCUAUAAUGUUUGAAUUUUUUUCAGUAUCAUGUAUUACCUCUAAAAUCACAAGAACGAGAGUGUUUUUCUCACAUUAAGGGGAAAAUACAAGAUUGAGAAGAAUUCCAAGAGAGAACAGAGUGAGAGGAGGAGUAGAGUAGGAAAAACAUGGAUAUGAAUGGGGGCAGAAAUGAGAGCAAUGAAACACAGAGACUGGAUAUUGUAUGCCUUUCAAAGUAUAACUUGGUAAUUGGACAAUGUCAAGAAUCUAUUUUUUGUUUUAGGUGAAGAGUUUGCAGGUGUGCCCAUUACAUCACAUUAUUAAGAAAAAAAUAGUGAGAGAAGGAGAGGGAGAGAAUGAGAACAUGAUGGAAGUGUCAGGAAGUAAAGAUUAUGGUUAAUCUAUAAUAGUUGUAUAGAUUAAUGUUGUACCCUUGAAAUCCAAUUAAAAAAGAAGAAAAUCAGAACUCACAGGACUAAAAAAACAGUCCCUAUUAAUUUUUAUAAUCUUUUUUUCACUAAAAACAUAUAUGGAUCAGUAGAUAAUAAGGGGAUGGAGGGUAUUUGGAAAUGGAGAAUUUAGCAGAAGGUACUGUAGUGAAUCGGAGUGAGGAUAUUAAACCCAGACAAAACUUAGUGGCACAGUUUGUGCUUAACUACCAACCUGGGAGUUGGUGGUUCAAACCCACCUAGUGGUGCUGCAUGGAAGACAAGACUGGCAAUCUACUUUUUUUUUGGCAAUAAAAAAAAUUGCAGGCAAGAGAACCCCAUGGAGCAGUUCUACUCUGUUACACAUAGGUUAUCUUAGUCACCUAGUGCUGCUAUAACAGAAAUACCACAAGUGGAUGGCUUUAACAAAGAGCAAUUUAUUCUCUCACAGUCUAGUAGGCUACAAGUCCAAAUUCAGGGCAUCAGCUCCAGGGAAAGGUUUUCUCUCUGUGCUGGCUCUGGAGGAAGGUCCUUGUGAUGCAUCAGCCUUCCCUUGGUCUGGGAGCAUCUCAGCGCAGGAACCUUGGGUCUAAAGGACACGCUCUGCUCCCUGCACUGCUUUCUUGGUGGUACGAGGUCCCCUUGUCUCUCUGUUCACUUCUCUUUUUUAUAUCUCAAAAGAGAUUAGCUUAAGAUACUAACUAAUCUUGUAGACCUCAUCGACAUAACUGCUGCUAAUCCAUCUUAUUACAUCAUAGUGAUAGGAUUUACAACACAUGGGGAAAUCACAUAAAAUGGUAGACAAUCACAUAAAGUGGUGGACAAUCACACAACACUGAGAAUCAUGGCCCACAUCACAUCAGACGACAAAAUGGUAGACAAUGAUACAAUACUGAGAAUCAUGACCUAGCCAAACUGACAAAUAUUUUGGGGGACAGCAUUCAAUCCAUAACAUAGGUUCACAUGAGUCUGAAUGGACUCGAUGGCAAUGGGUUUGGUUUUGUUUUUUGAUUCCCCUUACUUCACACUUCAUGCAUAGUUUCUCUAUAAUAGUUUCCAGCUGAGAAAUAAAGUAUUAAAAAAAAAAAAAAGAAAGAAGAAACAAAGGAAGACUCACCUCCCUGUCUCCUUCCUUGGGGGCCUGACCCCCUAUAUUCACAUGUGGGGUCACUAAGACAUUAGCACCCAGUAGCCAGAGGCAGUGCACCCCAGAGGCUGCAGGGAAAUACUACCUGGGAGCACCUGGUGGGAAUGGGGUGACUUACUAUUCCACAAACAAGCAUAGAGAUGAGGAUACGUGUAGUAACAAGGGGGCAGAGCAGAGUCUGAACCCUGAAAGAACUCAGGGCCUGGACAGAGGCCAUGGACACAGAGAGGCUGCUGUCCUCAGGCUCUUCUCCUGGGAGUUGUGGGGUUCAGGGCCCAGAGGAACUGCCAGGCCCCCCUGGGUAUGUUUACCCAAUGACAUUAUAGGUCUCAGACUUGGGCCUCCAUCAGGCAGUGAAGACUCUCAGAACCUCUGAUUUUUUCUUCUAAAGGUCCUGCCUUCUAAAAAACUGGAGGCCUUGCUUUGCCAUGAGAUCAGAAGAACUGCAUGGUGCCCAGCUACUAUUAUUGAAUGCUUUGAUCAAAGAUUCUCUGGAAGAAUCCUGAUCAAAAAGGAGAAAAUGCAGAACAGAAUUUCAAAUUCUCAUAGACUCUAGACUUUCUGGAACAAUGGAGGCUGGAUGAACCCCUGAAACUAUUGCCCUGAGAUAAUCUUUAAAUCUUAAACCAAAAAUAUCCCCCGAAAUCUUCUUAAAACCAUAGUUUAGCUUAGCUAGUAAAGAAUGUCUGCCUCCAGCAUUAUGUUCUGCUAAGGUCUAUCUAUGUGGGAUCAAACUCACAACAGCAACUCAAAAGGUUAGAUAAGAACCUUAGGGGGCAGUGAGUUUAUGUUAAUGAGGGAGGAACAACUCAGAAAAGGAGGGUGAGAAUGGUUGCACGACUUGAAGAAUGUAAUCAAUGUCACUGAAUUGUACGUGUGGAAAUUGUCGAACUGGUGUAUGUUCUGCUGUUUAUAUCCUGAACAA